UCCAGUCUCCUUUUGCCCUUCAUUGGUCUCUCUCUCUCUCUCUCUCUUUCCUCCUUGUUGAGUAUCAACUUCCAAUACAUUAUCCAUUCUCCUUUGUGCACAAAUCCACAAUUUCUUAUUCUUUUAAGUGGCUAACAGGCACCGAGUGGUGGGUGAAGGAAGAAGUAAGCAUCCUUCUGCUACAAUUGUCUGCAAGUACUCUCUUCCUUCUUUCAAUGCCUAUUUAUUUAUUUUAUUUUAUUUAUUUUUGUGCUUGUAGCUGCUUCCUUCAUUAUAUCCUGUUGGGUAACCUUUUAAAAUUUUAGGUUCCAGUUUCCUUGGAACUCUUUGCUAUUUGACUUCUGACUAGUUAAGUCUUUAAUUAAGCAUAUUUAACCCCCUGAUGCAUAUUUUAGUCUUCGGUUUCUACAAACUAAAGCGUUGCUCACUGCUUAAUUUUUUAUUGCCUUUCAUGCAAUUGUGAAUCAUAAUGGAAUAACAUACAUAAAAGUUAACCAACCAAAGUUGUACUUUGAUGAAGCAGAGCUAAAAAGUGAUUUAUUUAUUUAUUUGUUGUUGUUGUCAUGGACUGGAAUUUGAAAGCAUUUGGCAACCUAACCCAACAUAGAAACAUUGGAUGAGUGAAGCAGAUUUGGAGUUUAUAAAAUGAAAGGGGAAUUUUCUGUUGACUUGAAGCUUGGUCAAGUGGGGAAUUCUGGCACUGAAUUCAAUUCCAAAGAGGCUAUUGGUGGAGUCUCCAAAAUGGCAUCCUCACCUUCAGGGUCUUAUAAAAGAGCUCGAGCCAUUAACAACGGAACCGUGACAGUGUCAUGCCUUGUUGAUGGGUGCAAUUCAGAUCUUACUAAUUGUAGAGAUUAUCAUAGGCGCCAUAAGGUCUGUGAACUCCAUUCCAAGACUCCAGAGGUCACAAUUGGUGGCCUGAAGCAAAGGUUCUGCCAACAAUGUAGUAGGUUCCAUUCGCUGGAGCAAUUUGAUGAAAGAAAAAGAAGCUGCAGGAAACGUUUAGAUGGACAUAACCGAAGGAGAAGAAAGCCUCAACCUGAACCUCUCCCACGACCUGGUAGUUAUUUGUCCAAUUACCAAGGCACCCAGUUGCUACCAUUCUCAAGUCCACAAGUAUAUCCUUCCACUGCCAUGGUGAACUCUGCUUGGAGUGGUGGACUUGUUACUUCUUGUGCAGAUGCUAGGCUGCACAACCACAACCAUCAGCAACAAGUGCAUUUGGCUGAUAAGCAAGAUCUUUUUCUUGGAUGUUCUCCUAUCAGCUAUAAAGAAGGGAAGCAACUUGCAUUCUUGCAUGGUGAGAAUCCCUCCAUGGCCACACUCAACAACCAAAACUCACCUCUUGCAGCAGCUUCUGUGUGUCAGAGGUUUCUCAGGAUCAGCCCUUUGUCAGAAAGUGGUGGGGUGAGAAACAAAAUGUUCUGUGAUAGCUUAACAACUUCAGUCCAUGAAUCACCUUGUGCUCUCUCUCUUCUGUCAUCAUCACAGACACACACACCUGAAAAUGGUUUAAACCAAAUGGUGCAGCCUCACUCAAUGUCCUUUAUGCAGCCCUUAGGCUUGACCCUGCAUGAUAACAACUUAGAGUCCAUGGACCGAGUCUUGGUUCCCAGUGGGGGUGACCAUUGUUCCUCAAUGUAUAACAUUGGUUCUGAUGGAUCACAGGGCAAUGAAGCCCCUCAACUAUUUCCCUUUCAAUGGGAAUAGAGAAUUUUCUCAAAGGAUUCACCUUUUGUUCAUGUGAAUGAUUUAUUUCCCCACGGACUAUUUAAUUAUGAUUUUUUUUUUUUUUUUUUCACUUUAAUGAAAGUAAUGG